UGGGGGUAGAAGGUAUAAAGCUGGUGGCCUCCUGGGGUUGGAGAGCCACAAGUCAAGCAAAGCCUUGCAGCAGAACAGACCCUAGCCAUGGCCAGCUCAAUAAGAGGUAUCAUGCUUCUUGCACUGUUGAUGUCUGAUGGGUUCAAGAUGAGAAAGAUGGCGUCCUCUAUGCCAAUAUGCACCCCAGGGAGUUUCCAGUGCCAGGUUCUGCUCAGUGACCUCUUUGACCGAGCCGUAAAGUUAUCACACUAUAUCCAUUCUCUGUCCACUGAGAUGUACGAAGAUCUGGAUCAACGGUUCUCCCAGGGCCGCCAGUUUUUGGGCAAAUCCAUGAGCAGCUGUCACACCUCCUCGCUAAGUACCCCGGAGGACAAGGACCAGGCUUUGCAGACGCACCACGACGACCUGAUUAACCUGGUGCAGAAGUUGCUGCGCUCAUGGAACCAACCCCUGCAGCAUUUGGCGCUGGAGGCUCCAGACAACAUGGCGAGUAAAGUGAAAGAAGUAGAGGAACACGCUAAGAUCCUGCAGGGAGGGAUUGAUAGGAUUGCUGGAAGGAUGCAAAGCAAUCUGGGAGAUGACUUCUACCCUCAGUGGUUCGGCCCGUUGGAUCCCAGGAUGCCAAAAGGAGAUUCGGAGAGUUACGCCCUCUAUCACUUGCUGCACUGUUUCCGGAGGGAUUCCAACAAGAUAGACAACUACCUGAAGAUCCUGCGGUGCCGUAUGGUGCAUGCCAGCAACUGCUAAAGGCGCCACUUGGGUGUCACUCUGUCUGCAAUGUCACCUCUAUGGUUAGACAUCCUAGCUCUGUUCUUUUACUGCACUUAUCUAGGGAUAUUCCCGACUGCAUUACAUCAGGGGACAUAUUUAUUAUGUGUAAGCCAGCAUCAGAUCUUUGCUUUUGUUUUCUAACUUGUAGGUAAAU